UGGGCUUGACUGCUUAAUUCAAUUUUGGUUUUAUCACUCAAUUUUGGAAAUAAGGAAGAGAGCGAGCAGAGCGCGCAGAGCGAGCGAACCCAAAGCUUUUGUGGGAAAGGAAUGGCGAGCGAAGAAGAGAGCACAGUGAAGGAGCCCCUCGAUCUCAUCAGACUCAGUCUCGACGAGCGAAUCUAUGUCAAGCUUCGUUCUGAUAGAGAACUCAGAGGAAAACUACACGCCUAUGAUCAGCAUUUAAAUAUGAUACUGGGAGAUGUUGAAGAAAUCAUUACUACGGUAGAAAUUGAUGAUGAAACUUAUGAAGAGAUUGUUCGGACAACAAGACGCACCGUUCCAUUUCUUUUUGUCAGGGGAGAUGGUGUGAUAUUGGUUUCUCCACCAUUGAGGACUGCUUGAUUAGAGAAUUGAGGAUGAGGGAAGGGUUAUCUUCAGUUGGAACCGCCUGACAGAAACAAUGUUUUUAAUUUUUACAUUGAGGAGGGGAUUGUAAUUGAACUAGUUUGUCUUCAAAGAUUGAUGUUGUAAUUGUGUCAGAAAGCCUUUCUGAAAGAUCAGUAAUUGAUUAUCUGUAUCUCAUGUUCCACCAAUAUGCUAAUAGCCUUUAUGCGUUUAAA